AUGACGACCUGGCGCAGGUCUGGCGGUGUCGACGAUGCGGCCGGAAGAAAGACAGAGCAAGACAUUCAAGCACAGAAGAUAUCUACCGUUACCGCCAUGUCCGCACGAACACGCAGGACCUCCGAGAACCCGGCGUCUCGGCCAGCCCCAGGCAUCUCACACGCAUCCGGGACAGCUUAUCAAUCGAGGUCCUCCUGGAGAGACGAGAUUACCACCAACGAUGCACCAGCAUGGCAGUCAAACGUCCCCCGCUCCACCAAAUCUCGAACACAAGUGGACGAAGACGACAGAAAGACUGGCAUCGCCUUCCGUGCCCCAUCGGUCGCUCCAUCCGACAGCAUCUCCAAGAUCCAGUCUCGUGCUCCAACGAAGGGACGGCAAUACAGUACCAUCUCCACCAGAGCAUCAACCCGGCGCCCGCCUCUCCGGUCGAGGUACAGCUCUCAGGACGGGACUGCCGUGACUGAUGGCGUGCCCUUGACCGAGACAAACGUGAACGCCCUGAAUCAAGGCGGGCGAAGCGUGCGGGAGAGCACCGCCUACUCAAGGCCAAAGUCUCGACGACCGCUGCGACGCCAUGAUAGUGCCACGAGCGAGGGAUAUGGCGUGGAUGAUCGCACGGCAACGCAGCAAAGCACGCGGGCUUCACGCCGUCGAGCGACCGUCACUGGGGAUGAGUACGGGUAUGGCGGAGCGGGUCCGUCGAGGUCGUCUUUCAAGUCUCGAGCUACGAGUGCUCGUCCUACGACCGCGGUGGCUUCGAGGAGCCGGGCAACGACUGUUCCGAAAGAUAGUGAUGGGCCUGGGACUAAAGUCUCACGCCGAACGUCACAAGCCCAUGGAACCACGCAGGCCGGAUCAGCUGCGCAGAACCAACAGAUCGCAACGACCGGACAGAAGAGUCGAGCGACUUCUUCCUCUCCGUCUUCAGCUCGCCCUUCAGCACCAUCAGCGCCUGCGGACCCAUUCCGUCCACGCUCAGCUACAUCACCUACCCAAGCGAGUCCGCCUGGAUUCUCCGAAUGGGAACGACGGGUCCAUGUGCGGGAGUAUCGGAGGCCGUCGGAUGGCAGAUGGGUUAGUGAUCGGGAGUGUAUCAUACGGAAGAUGCAUUCGGCACAAGCGCCGCAGGGUGUCGAGGCAUAA